AUGGCCGACCUUCCAGGGUUCACGCUUCCCUUGGACUAUACACCAUGUGAUGGACAUGAUAAACCACUCUUGUUCCCUUCGGCUUUGGACGACUUUGCUUCCCUCAUUACUCUUCGUGAGAUUGCAAUGCUUCGGAUUAUGGACAAAAUUACCGAUAAGCCGCAGUGGGAUGUCAAGGUAUUUGACGAGGACAUUGUGAAAAAGUGGAAGGAGGAAGCCCUGAGAAAUGACAACAACGUUACGGAGCGGAUGAUGGAAUGGGUGAUGGCAGAACUCCGAUACAAAACCAAAUUCUUUCAAGAAACUGGCAUGGUGAUCGUCAACGAUGCCGCUGGUGUUGUCAAGUCGGACGUUGCUGUGACAGAAUCGAUCAAGAAAGCGUUAAAGAAUGCGGUCCGUCCACUUGAAGAAACUCCCACCACAAAAGACUAUCAUCCCCGGGGCGAUAACAAGUUCCUCGACUUAGUCGAUCCGUCUCUGUUCCCGUUGGUCUACGGGCGCAGCCGGAUUCUACAGGAUGAGCUGGCUGGCAUCCAUGAUUGCUUGUCAAAGAUUGGGAAGGGGGAGGCCAUUCCUAUCCCUCAGCUGGAGGUCGAUCGCACUCGCCCCCUUUGGCUAAGGUGGCUCCCUUGUGACGUAGAGCUUGAAUCCGAGUCACGUUGCAAGAUUACAAGCUACAUCAACAAUUUGCACCCACGGAGACACAAGGGCCUCUACCAAGUCAUUGAGGACAUCAUUUCUUGUGCAAUUCCACAGUGGGGUCUUAGUUUAACCGCAGUGCACCGAACUCUUCGUUGGGAGAUGCCCGGGCGUCACAUCGAAUACCGUGAGGUAAAGUAUGAAUAUCCGGAGCAUCUUGAACAACCCCAACAAGAGCCAAAUGAAGACGAUGACGCUUUUGAGGAGCGACGUUGGCUGUGGGAACGUGAGAACAGAGUCGUCGUCUUGCCCGAGCCCGGAACGUUCACUCCUCGGGACUAUCUGCGCCUAGAUCUUCGAAAAGAGUUUAAGGAUACAGGUUUGCAGGUUAUUGUGAAGCUUGCUAAUAUCCAUCUUACUCCGGAGGAGCCCGAAUACGAAGGAGGAUCGUGGCAUGUGGAGGGGCAACUGAAUGAGCACAUCUGCGCCACAGCACUCCUUGAAUUCCGUCAAGAAGUCAGCUUUGAUGCGUAUGGUAGAGUGCGCUAUGAGCAAGAAGACUAUCAUGAGUGGCUGCAGGAAGUCUUCGGGUGCGAGCAAGGUGUAAUACCGCUGGUGCAAGAAAUUGGAGACGUGCUUUGCAAAGAAGGCCGCCUGCUCACCUUUCCAAACGUGCUCCAGCAUCGAGUCAGUCCAUUCCGGCUGGCUGAUCCGACCAAACCAGGGCAUCGGAAAAUCCUCGCUCUCUUCCUUGUUGACCCCAACAUCCGCAUCAUCUCGACCGCCAACGUUCCUCCACAGCAAGAUGAAUGGUGGCGUGAAGAGAUCCGCCGCCAUAAGUUGCUAGGGAUGCUGCCUACAGAAUUGCAGGAGCAAGUUCUGGACGAAUUGGACUUUCCCUUACGAAUGGAAGAAGCGGAGGCACUCCGUUUGGCACUGUUGGACGAUCGAAAAGCCUUUAAAAAAGAAAAGAAGAGGUCUUCCUUCCUUAGCGGGGAAUCGAACCCCGGGCUGCUGUGCCCUAUCCAAUCUUAA